UCGACUCAUUGAUUUUGAUUUUGAUACUCUUUGCAUAUGCUGUAGCUGGCAUGUAUAAUAACUUGAGUAUUUAUAUUUUUAGAAUUGAUGGGAAAUAAUAGGUAUAGGGAAAUAAUAUCUUUGACACUUCAUAGCAAAUUAUUUAAUCACAACACAUAACACUAAUUUAUCAAAAAACUCUUUAAAAACUGUUCGGUAACUUCUAAGCAAAAUGCCUUUUGCACCAGAGUUACGAACUCAUUCUCAAAAAGUGUGCACUCUUUAUAAAGUAGCUAUGAGGAACCUUGAAGCGUACUACGCAGCUAGACAUGUGGUUCGUUAUCAUCAAGUCAUGCUGAGAGCAGAAUUCGACAAAAAUAAAUGUGUUACUGAUCCUAAAGAACAACGUCGUUUACUAUGGGUGGGAGAAAAUGACGUUUUUACACAACAAAAUCCACUUCCACCUGCGAAAUUUGCUCGUUCAAUCGGUGUAGCGGGUGGCGUAGCGUAUGCAAGAGUGAUAACGCCACCAGACUGGGAAGAAAUGGACAAACAUCCAUUUUUCAUGAAGUCCACCCCUGAUGAUGGUACCCUCUCACCCCUGGCUGAAGGUCUAGCCAAGCUCAAGUAUGACCCGGAGGAGAACACGCCGGUGGAACUCGCUGCUAACUAUAAAGAGGAUGGCAACUUCAAUUUCAAGCAUAAAAACUAUAGAUUGGCUAUAUUAGGAUACACGGAGGGCAUCAAACAGAGAUGCAAUGAUACAGAAAUUAAUGCAAGCUUAUACAACAACAGGGCGGCAAGUCAUUGGCAUCUAAAGAAUUAUAGAUCAGCCUUGUUUGACAGUGAGAAAGCUCUUAGUUUCAACGCAAACCAUACCAAGGCUCGGACCCGUGCCGCAAAGGCAGCUUUAGAAGUAACCAAAUAUGACACUUGCAUAGAACAUUGUCAAAAACUUUUAGAAGGAGAAACUAAAGACAAAGACAUAGUUGAACUAUUAAACACAGCAAAAAAGAAGAAACAGCAACAGGAACGUGACCAAAGAAGGAAAGAGAGGAAAAAUGAAAAGGACAGUGAACAAAAAGAUCAAGUCAUAAAGGCUAUUAUUCAACGAGGAAUCAAAAUAUCAAAAUGCGAUGAUGAAGAUGAUAUUGAUCUGUCUAAGUUGGAACCGAGUUUACCAGGAGCGCAGGAUGCAAUAGUACGUAUUGAAGACGGUGUAUUGCGGUGGCCUAUACUACUCUUGUAUCCAGAAUUUCAAAUGACAGAUUUUAUUAGAGAUUGUCCUGAAAAUGUACCACUGUUAAGUCAGUUGGAGCAGGUCUUCCCAGCGCCUUGGGAUGAAGAGAAUAAAUACAGUUGUUCUAAAAUCAAUGUUUAUUUCGAGGGUUAUGAUAAAAUGCCUCAUGUGAUUGACCCUUCGAAGAAUCUUGGUGACUUACUAGUAACGAAGUACUACGAAUUGAAGGCUGGUACUCCAGCAUUCUUUAUUCUACCUCGUGGUAGUGUUGUUGAGCGCAGGUUUUUGGAAAGUUACAUUUAAUUGUAUUUUAACAUUUUAUUUUUAUUUAAGUUGAAAUAAAUUAAGUUUUGUAUAUUGAAUGUUGAAU